AUGGAUUUCUUGUCAGGCUUAGCUAAAGGCGGUGACUCCAAGACUCAGCCCGGCGGCGAGGAGAAAUCCUCCACCACCGACCUUUUCUCCGACGCCAAGGUAGUAGCGGAGGCCGCUCGUGCCCAGUUCAGCAACGAGCCGGAGAAGUGCGACAAGGCCAAGGCCGCCAGCUCCGCCGCCGACCUCCUCGGCGCCGCCUCCGAGCACGGCAAGCUCGACUCCACCCAGGGCGUCGGCAAGUACGUCGACCAAGCCGAGGGCUACCUCCGCCAGUACGGCGCCCCCAAAUCCACCCCCGCCGCCGCUGAAGACAAACCCGCUGCCAACCACGUGACCGAGACCGCCAACCACGUGGCAGAGACCGAAAUUCCUUCGGGCGGCGACGUGAAGAAGCCGGAGGAGAGCGGCGAGGUUGGGGACUACGCGAAGAAGGCGGAGGAGCUGCUCGGCGGAACCGGUGAGAAGAGCGGGCCGGAGGGUUUGUUGAAGGCUGCCGGCGGAUUCUUUGGCAAAUAA